AUAAUUAUGGUGCUGAUAUUUUUUCCCUAAAAAAAAAGAUGUCAGCCCCUGGCUGUAGUAUUCCUCUUUAAAAAGCCUCCCUGAAAAUGUCAUGUCCCAGCAAUGUGACUCCUAACUCGUAUUUGAUGGACUCGUUGGCCGGUAGCUGCAGAGGGGAGAAUUAUUCCUCCAACCAGGGGAUGUACAUGCAGCCUGGGAGCGACUUCAGCUGUGGGGUGAUGAGGAACUGUGGGAUUGUCCCGGCUCUCUCCAAAAGGGACGAGGUGAAUAACCCCAGCCUGUCCCUCAGCUCUUACCCUUCUUACCUCUCCCAGCUGGACAAUUGGUGUGACCCCAAAAACGCUUACAGGAUUGAGCAACCUGUUGCAAGGCAGCUCUCCUCAUGUUCUUUCCCCACCAAUGUCAAGGAGGAGAAUGUCUGCUGCAUGUACAGUGCUGACAAGAGGGCAAAAAAUGCCACGGAGUCUGCCCUGUACCCCAACCAAAUGCCGAACCCCCGGCCCAGUGACCAUGAGGUCCCCGUCCCCAGCUACUACCGAGCCAGCCAAGGCUACCCCCUGGACAAGAGCCACAGUGCAGCCGACUUUCAGACAAGUUUUGACAACAGGACGGGUCUGAACCCCAGGGGUGAGAUACUGGAGCAGCAGCAGCAGCAGCAACAAGCUGGGGGAAAGGUGGGCUUUCCUGAAAACACCAAGACGGAUAACCAAAACCUGGCCACCAACCUCAGCACCAACCCCAACAGUGCCCCUGCCAGUGACAUCAAGACAGAGAAGAGCCUCCCGGCUCCCAAACUGGCAGCAACCGAGGCAGUUAAGGAGCUGGAGAAGAACACUGACACCAGUACCGACAACUCCGACAACGAAGCCAAAGAGGAUAUAAAGGCAGAAAACGCUACAGGAAAUUGGCUGACAGCUAAGAGCGGAAGGAAGAAACGGUGUCCUUAUACUAAGCAUCAGACGUUGGAACUGGAGAAGGAAUUCUUAUUUAAUAUGUACUUGACCCGUGAGCGCCGCCUAGAGAUUAGUAAGAGUAUCAACUUAACAGACAGACAAGUGAAAAUUUGGUUUCAAAACCGCAGGAUGAAACUGAAGAAAAUGAACAGGGAAAACCGGAUCCGAGAACUGACUUCAAAUUUUAAUUUUACUUGAGCUUAAGGGGGAAAAAAAUACAGAAAAAAAAUCCGCUAAGAAGUCACGAAAUAGCUCCUAGGUCCCUCUACCCCUCAAAUAUUCAACUAGAGAAAAUAGGAGAGAGAAAAAAAUUGAAAAGACACUUGUACAUGUUCUAGGUCAUUAUUGCAACGCUUAAAAUCAAGUAGUAAGUAUGUCAGGCUAGACAGCCCAUCUGUUAUUUUCCAUACCCACAGUUUGUAGAUAAAGGGAGGUGCAUCGGUAUAAUGCAUGAACGUAUAUAUUGCAUCCUUGUUUCUAUGUAAAGAUGGUCAGUGAGCCAGCUACUGAAAUUGUAUUUUUUAAGUUAUUUACUUCCAGCACAAGACAAAAACAACACAUAAACAAACAAGCAAAUACCGCUUUUUUUUUACAUUCUCUGAGGCUUCAAAUAUACAUAUGCGUCUUAAGAAAAGAAUGAGAAAAAGAAAAUUAAGAGAAAAGAAAAACUCCGCGUUCUUCCAUCAGUGUAUUCUGUAUAUUGUACCUGAAACCAGAAUAGCAAGCCGAAUUUUAAAUGUUUGUAAAUGAUAACUUGCAGUGAGGUUAUGGACAUUCUCUAUAUAUAAAUAUAUAUAAAUAUAUAUAUAUAUAUCUUAUGCAGUUUCUUUAACUGGUCCACUGCAUAUUUAAGUAAGAAAAGGAAAAAAAAGUAUUGAUAAUCCAUAAAAAAAAUACAUUUCUCGUGUUUGUUAUUUAAAUACACUAUGUAUGUGUAAUUUCUGCAUG